GUGGCAUUUCUUCAUUUCGAGAGUACCUUUUGUUCUGGUAGUCUCAUUCAAGUGACAGCCUGUCGAUCAAGAUGCAUGGAGCCCGCCCCCUUCAUCCUUCCCCCCAUACUGCCACCCUCCCUGCUCCCUGGCCGUAGCAAGCCCAUAGCAGUGAAGACGAGCUAGUUUUGAAGCCGUGGCAUUAAUGAUCUCAUCUCAGCCCGAUCUACGUUUACAGAGGAUCCUAUGACCAACACCGGAAUAAAGUUAAACAAAUAAACAAAGGUACGCAGAAUAACUUAACCAAUUGUAUUCAUUUAUUGUUAUAACUGAUGCCGGAAAUACUUAUUUCAGAAACUAUAAUCAAAUGUUAGUCUGUUGAGGCGGGGGUGCUAUGCUAACUAUGUUAGCUAGCUAAAGUUAACGUAACAAGCUACACAACUAUAUAGCUAAGAACAUACACCAUCUUUAUGAGGAAGUGUACACGUGUGUUUUGUGAGUGGCUAUAUUAUUUAGUUGGAGAGGUCGUUUGUAAUUUUAUUACGUUGUUGCAAUAAUUGAUCCCAGUUUUAUGUGGGAAUUAGCUAGCUAGGUAGCCUACUAGCUAUUUAUUUCAAAAUGGCCUCAUCUCCAUUGUCGCCCCAGCUUCCCUGUUGCUCGAGUUAGACAAAGCAUGCGGUACAACUACUACUAGAGAGGGCUAGGAGCGAUUGCAGUGGGUGCAGUAUCAAUAACUGAUUUCAUUAUGUAAAUUAUAUUUAUUAACCUAUUAUGAAUUGCAGGAUGCACCCUCGCAGUGUUGGGUAGUCAGCUAAUUUCUCCAUUCAAAUAACCAUAAGCGGCAGUGGAAAUACCAUCGACGUCAGUACUGUGGGGGAGGGGAGCCAAUUCCUAGGUGGAGCCAGAGACGAGGAGGAGGUUCUCAGUUGGAGCUGCGGGGUUAAUUCUAUUUUAUGUAUUAAAGCCUUGUUGCUCUUUGAAGUUUAGACGGGUGUACUGAGACAUUCAGGAUUGUGGUUUGCUCCAAUUAAAGUUGUUACUGAAAGUGUCAUUGACUGGAGUAAUCAUCAGAAGACAAAACCUUAAUGCAGCUUGAAGUGUGUUUUCUUGACCUAUGUUUUGUUUUCAUAGACAAAUUAACCCAUUUGAUCCUUUUUGUCCAUGGAUAUUGGCCUAACAGAUUUGCAUUGAACAGUCCUCUUUAGGUUUGCAGUGUUUAUUAGGAGCAGUAAGGCCCCCUCCUUGCACCAGAUCUUGUCACAUCAUAAUGAUUGCACCUCUUUUUCCCCCCCUUGUUUUCAGAUGUCCAAUCAGCUAGACUCCCUUAGUAAAAUCCCCUUGUUUGGGCGGAUUGGUGCAUUAACAUGAACCAAGUAUUGUUGUUGUUUACUUGUAGUAUUUUGCUUUUUAGUUAGAAAUUCUCUUUUGUUUUUGACAGGCUCCACUAAGGUAACAAAAAGAGAAGGAGAGAGAGUACAAUCAUAUGUCUGCCUCACAUUUUGUAUUUUUAAUAGGGUACCUGGCAACACCGCUCAUGAAUUGGACUAGAAAAUAUGCUGCUAUGCAAAUAUCAUUUGGGUUCUAGCAACUUGGAAACAAAUCAACAUUUGCUGAAGUUGAGUUUUCUUGUACUACAGAGGUUUGUAUCAAAAACAGACUGUUUGUCAUGUUAUUUGUGGUCUGACGCAGGUCCAUUUGGAGUGUUCUGUUGUUGCAGUUAACAUGAUCUUACAUUUCAGUAAGGGCACCAGUCCAAUUAUGUGACCGUUUUUCAUCAUGGUUUAUUGAUGGCUACUGCCAUUAGAGGCACAUUACCAGCCUCUAUUGAAAGCAAUGUUCGGCUAAGUGGUGGGCCAUGACGUCUGCAUUCAAGUUAGGUUCAUUAACACACUCCUUAUUACUUCCGAUGGUGAAAACAUACAGAAAAUCCUUGUGUCACCUGAUAGGAUUUGUUGCUCUAGUGCUGAGAUGUUCACCUAUGUAGGACCAAAGCUCAAGGUUCUUCCAUAGGGCAGUUGAAUAGACGUAAUUCUGUGAUGUCUACACUGCUUAUUAGGAACCUUUGCAUACGUUCCCAUUAUCAACUGUUUUUUGUUGCUACCAGCUAUAGUAUAGUGUUACAAUAAUCUAGUAACUGCAAAUGUUUGCUGUUUUGAACCAAAAUGUCUUGUCUGUUUUUUUAGUUUCCUUUAUUGCAUACUUGCCUCCUGUUUGAUAUCCUUUGUUGCUUUGUCAAUGGUUGAUCCAUGUAGUGGAGUAGUAACUCCAAACAUUGCCCUGCCCACAGCUCUAUCUGAGGGACCCACACCCUGGCAGAACUUUCUUUGGUUUAGUCUGAUGGGAAAUGUAGUGUGAAGUCACCAGGCUUCUGUCCUGUGUUCUCUCCUACUCUGCUUGUUUGUCCCUUGGAGUCAGCGACCAUCCCCUGUUGUUUUGAAGCAAGUCGUCUGAUGUCUUUUCAUUCAGGCAGAGACUGCUUCAGGAAGGAGCCUUGCUUCAGACUGGCCUAAAAUGGGCAGAAAGGGUGCAGAACAAAAGCUGCUUGUUGCUUGUACAAAAGUACUGAAGCGCUGCAGCCGGGACCAAGCUGCUAUGCUAAUGCCUGUGCCUCUCAACAGGAAAGAGAGCCAAAAUGUUCCCGAAGGGCACGAAGCGCAAGUUUUCCGACUCUGGGGAUGAACCUCCGGCGGGCAGUGACGACGUGAACCAGCCAAGUUCGGCGGCCGUAAGAAUGCUGUCAUCCUACAGCCUGCAGAGGCAGUCCCUGCUGGACAUGUCCUUAAUCAAGUUGCAGCUGUGCCACAUGCUGGUGGAGCCCAACCUGUGCCGCUCGGUGCUGAUUGCCAACACAGUGAGGCAGAUCCAAGAGGAGAUGACCCAGGAUGGCACCUGGCAGAUUAUGACCCAGGCCCUGAGUGCCGCCAACGCCGCUGCCCAGUGCUCUGCAGACCGCCUCGUGGCCACGGAAGUGCUGUGUCGGCAGACAGAGGCAGCCCAAGGGGAGCCGGCCCCCAAGCCUUUCCCCGCGGUGGGGUCAGAGGGUUGCUCUGCGGAGGAGGUGGUGGUGGUAGAGGAGGAGGACGAGGGGGUUGAGGGGGGGGUGAUCAUGUCUACAGUCUCCCCCCAAGCCCCAACCGCUUACCUGCCGAGUACCUUUGGCAUAGACCCCUGCUGGGAAGAGGAAACGGGCGAGGAGGAGGAUGAAGAUGAGGACAGUGAGGAGUGCGCUUCUGGAUCAGAGGAGGGAGACAAUGACAGGUUGGUUGAGGACUCCAGGACAGCAGAGCAGGUGUUUGGCACGUUCGAGAUCAAAAACCCUGCGCCCAGUCCCGACCCGGCCCUGGAGGAACUGUUUUCAGACGUGGAUGCAUCUUACUACGACCUUGACACGGUGCUAACAGGCAUGCAGAGCGCGCCUAAGAUGGGGCCCUACGACCUCCUUGAGAGCCUGUCCUCCCAUGGGCCCUCUCCCCUCAGCUCAAGCACCAGCUGCCGAUCAGACCUCAAUGAACUGGACCACAUCAUGGAGAUCAUAGUGGGCUCCUAAGAAACAAUACAUGCCGGUUUCUAAUGACUUUACUGACUGUGUACAUGGACAUGGUGUAAUAAUACGUUCAGUCGUUGAGGGUUUAUGAAAUCAAGAACUUAUUCAGUGUUACCACAUGCAGUUGUGGAUCUGUAAGUGGAUAGAGAUUACAAUUACAUAACAUUAGGAUUUUUCUUAACAUGCUUUUCUGUUUCUUUUUUGUCAUACAAUCUGUUCCAGUUUUGUUUUUAUUUAUUGUUGUGUAUAGACUGAAAAACACCCGAACAUCAUUACACUACACCAGAACAGAGACCGGAACAUUCAAACAUCUGAAGCAAUGCAUAUUUUCCUAAAGAGUAAAACAAAGUGAAAUAUAUGUAUAUUGUACUUAUGUAUAUUGAAAUAUAUUUUUUUGCAACAUACAGUUUGGGAAAUUUAACAGUAUGACUUCAUAUACAUUUACCAGUAUGACUCCCUAUUUUUAAUCUGAUCGAGAUUUUAAUGUAGCCAGAAUCACCCAAUGUCUUCCUAUGGUUUGGUAUCAAGCGUUUAUCAGUCUCAAGGCUGACACUGUUGUGCUUUUCCAGGCACUAUUUUCUCCACUUGAUUUGAAUGCAUCCCUUAGAACCUGGACUAGAUGAAGUUUUUAGAGAAAUUCCUGCUUGAUAUCAGCAUUAAGAAGCCAUAUUUUCUGAUAUUUGUGUUAUUGCAAAUAGAGAAUUAUGGGGUUGAUUCAUUAAGUUAUUACAUUUUAAUUUAUUUAAUUUAUUAAAUACAGACACACAAAUGCCAACCUUGUAGACCCAUGAUACAUAUUUUAUACUACAACUGAAUGCACCCCCCAUACAGUAACUUAUUUGUCUUAUUUUCUCCGAAUAAUUAUGGGCCCUGGUUUACAAUUCCCUGUGCAGUUCCUGUGUAAAAUUAUAUUUUGUACAGAAUGAAUCUGUAUAAAUAUCAAAAUGGUUUGUAUUGUUUUAUUUUUGUUGGAUUUACAAGCAGCUGUCUUUCUCUAAAGAUUUGUUUUCAUAAUGUGUCCUUAUCGUGAUGAAGAGAUUACUCAGGCAAACCGUACCAGUUGAAGCCGACAGUAUUACUCCGGUCAUUACUACCACAACUCCUCUGAAUGAUGUCACUCUGCUUCAAACAGGAGCUAGAAUUUCAAAGACCUUCACAAAUGUAAAGUAUAUGCAUUUUUAUAUUAAAAAAACAUUGUAGCAUCUUUGUAAAUAUUUUUUAUAAUAAAAGGUGCAAAGUUUAUUGGUGUA